UGCUCAAUUGGGGACAGUCUUACAGAUAACAGCAACGACACAGAACCAGAUGAACUUAAAGCAAUAGCUCUGAAGAAAUUAGAAAAAUUAUUUUCGAAAUACGAAGCAGACAAUGGAGAAAAACCUGCAAAGAUGUUAAGACCAAAUUUAUCAAAUCUUCUUUUUAAUCCCGAUGAAGUACGUUUUAAGUCAGUCAUGGGGCAUCACUUAAAGAAGGAACAACACCAAUUCUUCAUACACAUCACAGAAUCAUGUACGGGCCCCAACGACACGGCACGGCGAAAUGCACUGAAAGUCCUGCGCGAGGACGCAUCAAUUUGUCGUAUUCUACCAGAGCUGUGUCGGUUUAUUGCCGAUGCAGUCAAUCUGAAUGUGGUGCUAAAAAAUUUGACCCUGCUGUCAUAUCUAAUGCAAAUGGUAGCAAUUUUGCACUGCAAUGCCAACUUGAGGAUCCAACCCUUUCUACAUCUCUUAAUACCAGCGGUGGUCACCUGUCAGGUCGCAAACAAGUUAUCAACAGCUAAAGAUAAAUAUCAUUGGCAGCUUCGCGAAUACGCAUGUGAAAUUAUGGGUCAGCUUAUAAAUAAAUUCGCAAACAGUACCAAUCGUAUGGUCCCGAGACUUAUGAAUGUGUACAAAAGUGGACUCGAGAAGUCAUCCUUGACAACGAUUUAUGGCUCUCUCAUUGGAUUGCAAGCAUUGGGCGAUACUGCGAUAUAUGGUUGCGUCAUACCGAAAAUUCGAGAUAUAUCCAAGUUGAUUGAACCGCAUCUACCCCAAGAUGUGAUAAGGAAAAAACGAACUAGUCGGAAAAGGCGAAAAGAAGCCGCUAAAUAUAUACAAAUUCGAAUUGUUAACAUGUGUUCUCCAUUAUUGAAUCGUAUACAUAACCCAACUCUAACGCUAGAGGAACAUUGUGAAAAGUACGGAUUUCUAGGACAUGCAUUAAAUGAUGCCGUUGCCUGGCAACGGAUUUGCGAUAAGGCAAUUAAAACCGAUACAGACUUAUCUAUAAAUUGGAAGAUAAUAGAGAUGAUGAGAUGUCUCAAACUUAAUGAGUUUAAAGCUUAAAAAAAUACUAAAUACAACUGCCGCGACAGCUGCCGUUUUCAAUUUCAUGGACAAACACAAAACCCGAAUGCGGCCAGCGCCUGAUUCAACUGAAUCAACCGAUACUGAUUCAACAGAUUCGAAUGCGACUGAUUGUGAUGAUGACGUUUCAGACUCACACACGGAUACACGCGUUGCUUGCUGCCGCAAACUUUACUUUUCACCAAUUUCAAUCUUUCUUCACUUCCAUUCCCCUUCCAACCAGGAAUCGGAUUACAAACGUUGUGCCGGCAACAGACAAAAUGCGAUGGACAAAAAAACAA